AUGCUGGAGCGCUUCGCCAUCGCCGCCGCCAUGGCGCUGGCGUCGCAGACCCAGCCCAUGGCGAGCCCUGCCGGCGAAGCGGCAACCGGCAGCGGUGCCAGCAAGGACGGCGAGGCUGGGAAGGCUUCUAAUGACCGCUGGAUCGCCUGGAUGACACGCGGCAAGGUCAGCUCGGCGCUGACGAACAUCGUGCUCAAGGACGUGGUUUCACGGGCGUUCAACUUCGUCUGGUUCGGCAAGAUAGGCGCGGGCUUCGAUGACAACCCCAAGGCGUUCCGGCUGCUGGGCGGGCUGCUGUGCAGCGUCGCUGGCGUGGCGUGCUUCGCGGGCAACGUUAUGAAGUUCGAGCCGAAGGUGCUCCUCAACGUGUGCAUCAACGUGCUCAAGCACGUGGGGAUGCUGACGAUGUUGGCGGCGCAGGCGGCAUUCCACACCACGUUCUGCGUCAAGAACGCCGCGACCAACGUUGGAGAGAUAACCGCCAAGCUGGAGGCGCAAAGCCCGAUAUGCGACUUCAUAGGCAUGGCCACGGGGAUGCAGCUUGGCACCCUGCUGGCGGAUAAGCCCCUUGCCGUCCAAGCGGGGGUCUUCUCCGGGUUCUGCGUAGUCUCCGGCAUCUCGACCUACAUGUGCGCAAAAAGCGUCUGCUUCAGGACGCUCAACCCGCAGCGGUGCUUCGUGCUGCUGGAGGACUUCGCCAGCGUGCUGCUGCGCAGGCUGGACAGGUACCUGCGGUACCACAAAAUGCGGCUCGAGGCGCUCAGACACCGGUGCUCCGGUGACCAGGGCGCGGACUCCGACUCCGGCGAUGACAGCGACUCGGACGACUCCUCCAGCCACUCGUGCUUCGAGGACGACGAGUGCGGCGCCAUAGCGGAGAUGAUCCACGACUACGAGUUCGACACCGCGAACAGGCUGCUGCACAGGUUCACUUCGAAGCACCUCUGCAACAAGCUCAAAAGGGCCAGGGAGGCGGGCACGGCUGGCGAGGAGGCCAAUGUGCGCUACCCCAACGAGCCGCUGAACCUCGUGCAAAAGCGCAUCGGCAUGAAGUUCCUGACGCCCGAGCAGGUCGCCGCCCGCGAGCCGCUGCUGUUCCCGUGGCGGGACGGAGCGCUCAAGCACGGCGCCGUCAAGUACUCGCUGGCCGACAUGUCGGUGUGCCCGGCGACGCUGGCGGAGUACCUCAAAAUAUUCAAGGGGGAGCGCUUCGUGGUCGCGCUGGGGUCCGACGGCAUAGUGGAGUGCGCCAUACACCGGUCGGCCAAGCCGCGCGACGCCAUGCUGGCGAUUUUGACCUACAACAUCGCCGAGAAGCUCUGGACGCUGCUCGACGAGUCGAUGGAGCCGGGCUUCAUCGACCACCAGCUGGAGCAGAUAUGGGACCUCUGCAAAAGGUCGGCCGUCAGCCUCAAGGAGGUGCUCGUGCGCCUCAACGCGCAGGUGAACGCGCACCACCCCAACGCCAGCCGCGCAACCGACAUGGAGCAGCUGCGCGAGGAGAUGCAGUUGUGGAAGUGGGGACUGCAGACAGUCCGCUACGCGUACAACGUGGCCAAGGCGUGCAUCGACGAGGUCAUGCUAAGCGCGCAGGCCGCCAAGUGGGACGUGGAAAAGUUUGAUCUAUGUUCGCCGUUCAAGCACUAG